CGCGCGCCGGCUGGAGCGGCGGGCGCGGGCGCGUGCGGGGCGCGGGCGGGCAGCGGGCGGCGGCGGCAUGGCGGAGAGCGAGGCCGAGACCCCCAGCACCCCGGGGGAGUUCGAGAGCAAGUACUUCGAGUUCCACGGCGUGCGGCUGCCGCCCUUCUGCCGCGGGAAGAUGGAGGAGAUCGCCAACUUCCCGGUGCGGCCCAGCGACGUGUGGAUCGUCACCUACCCCAAGUCCGGCACGAGCUUGCUGCAGGAGGUGGUCUACCUGGUCAGUCAGGGAGCCGACCCCGACGAGAUCGGCCUGAUGAACAUCGACGAGCAGCUUCCGGUCUUGGAGUACCCGCAGCCCGGCCUGGACAUCAUCAAGGAGCUGACGUCUCCACGCCUCAUCAAGAGCCACCUCCCCUACCGCUUCCUGCCCUCCGACCUCCACAACGGGGACUCCAAGGUCAUCUACAUGGCUCGCAACCCCAAGGACCUGGUGGUAUCCUACUACCAGUUCCACCGCUCGCUGCGCACCAUGAGCUACCGGGGCACCUUCCAGGAGUUCUGCCGGAGGUUCAUGAAUGACAAGCUGGGCUACGGCUCCUGGUUCGAGCACGUGCAGGAGUUCUGGGAGCACCGGAUGGACGGGAACGUGCUGUUCCUCAAGUACGAAGACAUGCACCGGGACCUGGUGACGAUGGUGGAGCAGCUGGCCAGAUUCCUGGGGGUGCCCUGCGACAAGGCCCAGCUGGAGUCCCUGAUUGAGCACUGCCACCAGCUGGUGGACCAGUGCUGCAACGCCGAGGCCCUGCCCGUGGGCCGGGCCCAUUUGCUCGGAAGACCUCGCCGAGGCGGGGAGGGUGCAGGGGCUCCAGGAGCCGGCUGCACUGCUCCCAUUUGAUUCAUGCCCCGGCAUAACUUGUCUUGAUUGCAAAUGCUAAACCAGGACGAGUCGGGCUGUGGAAGGACAUCUUCACCGUCUCCAUGAACGAGAAGUUCGACCUGGUGUACAAACAGAAGAUGGGCAAGUGCGACCUCACCUUUGAGUUCUAUUUGUAACCACAGAACAGCCCACCUGCAUGCUCACAACACCCAGACACUACUAGCUCCAAGUCCCGUGCGCCUCCACCUCUCGCUGGCCGGACGCACCCUGGGAGCAGCGUGCGCAAGAGCAGGGGACGUGCACGGGGGCGCGUGCCGUAGCGUCCGCGUAGCACACGCGGCUGGGACGGCCGCCUUUCGCAGCCCCGCGUCCCUCGUUGUGUUUUUCGGAGCUUCUCACUGGAAAUCUCAAAUGUCCGUAAGCCAAAUAAAAGUGCAGCCCCGAGGGAGAGCGCGAGCGAGCGCGGCGGCCGAGGGGUCUCAGGGCCAGCUCCGUGUGUGCAGCCUCGGCAUCUCAGUAAGACACAGCCGUCGGGUCCCCGCAGGGUCUCAGCCGACGGUGGGGACGGAGCGUGAGUGGGGGACACGGGUGGAGCUCAGGUCUCUGCGACUGUCCUGAAGUGGGGUCGUUCUCAGCGAGGGUGUCCCCCAGACGCCCCGCCCCCAGCGAGGCAGAGGGAUGCUGGUGAGGGUGGCCUGCCGGGGGGCGGGCGGGCGUGUCUGAGUGCAGCGAGCUGGUGUCUUCCUUACCGGGAGCAGGCAGCCGGGGCUCCGCAGUACCCGGAGAUCCUGGGACUUGGUCUUCAGUGGGUGUGCUCUCUACACCGGAGCCUGUGGGAGAGUGGCCUUGCGGGUCCAGCAGCCCGCCCUGCUCAGAUCGGGUGGGCACCCGGUUCUGUCCCCCUCCGCCCCGUGGAUCUGAGGGAGUAAACCUGUUGCCUGAUCUGGCCCAGACGCGGCUGGAGAGCGGAAGGGGAGGCGGCCGGUUGGCAUGCAGUUGGCUGUGGCGGGGGGCUGGGGUGGUCCCUGGGAAUGGACGCCGCUGCUGGGGGAGGGGCUCUGCGUGGGUGCAGGGGCUGCGUGUGCUAGGUUGCCCUGAGAGAGGCUUGGCCGGGGCCGGUGGCGCGUGGCGUGGCGUGGCGUGGGAGCACCGUGUGUGAGUGUGUGCGCGGGAGGCUGCUCUCUGUGAGGCCCAUUCCUGUUUUUCUAUUUUUAGUGCUGUACGGGUGUUGCUGCACGCUACACGGUUCUGUGCUUGCACCUUUAAUAAAGACGCGUUCCCUGCA